UAAUCUAUGAAAUGGCAGCCCUCUACUGGCCAGAUAUCAAACUUAUACAACACACUGUACAGUACUUUCGUUUUCUCAGUACUGAAACAUUUCACUUGGCUCUCUUUGUUAUCAGAAAACAUUCCCUUCUCUGAUCAAGAAUGAAUCAAGGAUUCAGUUUUGGCAAACCUGUAGCAGUCAAUGUUACUCCAUCGCCAGUGUCCGGCGCACAAGUCAGUAUAUUUCCAGCCACCUCCUCAGACUCCAAUUCUCCUAGCACACCUGAAAACAUAACAACUCCACUUCCUACUCUUGGAGUUCCUAGUGUCAAGUUUCAAGUGUCAUCCUUGUUGGAAAAUGAGUGGAGAAACAUGGAGUGGAGUGAAGAAGUGAGAGAGACACUGAUGGAGUCUGUCAGGUCAUUUAAACCAGCCAGUGAGACUGUUACCGAGGCCAGAGUUUUGCUGGUCGGUCCGGUCGGUGCUGGAAAGUCCAGCUUCAUCAGCUCUGUCCAGUCUGUCUUCUCUGGACGGGUCAUCAACAGAGCCAUGGUGGGCUCUUCGUCCUCCACCAGCUUCACUAAAAAGCUUCGCACGUACAACAUCAGAGGAGCAGGAGAGAAUGCAAAUGAGCCCACAGCUCUGGUCUUGUGUGAUGUGAUGGGUGUAGGUGAAGGAGAAAGCACUGGACUGACUCUUCACGAUGCACUGUCUGUCAUUAAAGGACACGCACCAGAGGGACACCAGUUUAGCCCUGAGCAGCCGAUUGGAGCAGAGACUGUGGGCUUCGUAAGGAAACCAAGCACUAAUGAUAAAGUGCACUGUGUGGUGUUUGUGAUAGAUGGCUCAAAAGUUGGUUCCUAUGCCAAAAGCUUGGGCGUGACUUUCCAGCAGUUAAGAGAACACAUUAGCAACUUAGGUGUACACCAGGUGGCGUUACUGACCCAUGUGGACCAGGUUUGUAACGCUACCGGAAGUGACAUUACCCAGGUGUACAAGAGCAAGGCCAUUCAGCAGGCCAUGGUGAAGGCUGGGCAGCUGCUGGGAAUGGCCACAUCCUACAUCGUCCCAGUGAAGAACUACUGCUCAGAGCUGGAUCUGGAUGAAAACACUGAUAUUCUGCUGCUCAAAGCUGUUGAUCAUAUCUUACAAUAUGUCAAUCUGUUCUUUCAAGACGACAGCGAUUAAAGCAGAGCUUCUCAACUCUGGCCCUCGACAUCCACUUUCCUGCAGGGGGUUUAUUUAAAUAUUUCAGAGGUACUUCAAAAAAACCAAAAAACAAUUAUAUAUAUUAGGUUAAAGAGGAUCAGAUGACAAAAAAAAAAAAAAAAAAAAAAAGAAUUGUGAACUUGUGCAUUAUGAUGUGUUUGAAAGACAAACGCUUUCCAAAGAAAUACAUGGUAAAAUAACUGACUGAGUGAUAAUUCAAAUAGGAAUGAUGCAAUGUUCAAACACUUCUUAAACCUGUAAUGAUUUUUGUAAAUCCAGCGGUCAAGUGCUGGUCAGCCUGACUAGUGCCUUGUCUUUGUGUCAGUGUCCACAAAACUGGAAGUCUUUCUGAUUCAGAGAGGAACAUUUAAAAGAUGAAAAAGAUGAAUUAAGGAGAAUCAAUAAAUUAUUGAUAUUGAGUAAAUAAUAUGUUACCAUUGAAUCCAUAAAAACGUAACUCUGGUUAUUUUAAAAUGUAAUUAAAUCUUAUUACAA